CCCAGCGGCACCCCUUCAGCAACCGAGUCAUAUUCCAGUGUUCUUAGGCCCUUCUUCCUUCAGUCUCAGAUCCUCAAUGGAGUUCUCCAAGAGCAUGCUCCCAUCUCUUUUCCUCCUAGUCCUCCUCCUCCUCGCUUCUGGGAUUGGAUCUGAGAUGAUGAAGGCCGAGGCAGCGCGGCCGGCCGGACUUCCUGGUGUCGGUGAAGAGAAGAGAACUUGUGAGUCAAAGAGCCACAGCUUCAAGGGUCUGUGCUUCAGCGCCAGCAACUGCGGCCAUGUGUGUAGGACUGAGGGCUUCCAGUUCGGAAAUUGCAGGGGAUUACGCCGUCGCUGCUACUGCACAAAGCAUUGCUGAUUUCAAGAUGGAUGAUCUCAACUGUGGUUUGCUUCGAGAAAUAAUUAUGAGCUGUUCUUCUAUGGCUGGAAUGACUAGUUUGUAGCUUUAGCUAAUGUUAUUACUUUCUUGUUCAAGUGUGUGCUCGGUGUGAUGGAGUUUCACUGCUUAUCUUUUGUAAUUUGAAGAUUUGUCUAUCAAUUAAAAGGUUUUAAGUUUGAGUUUUAUUUA